UCACCGCGUGAGAGUUGAGCCACGCCCGUGGGUGCGCGUCCCCCGGGUGUUCUGUCAUGGCCGCGAUGAGUCGCGGCGCUGUUCGCAGGCUGGGAUGGUACCUGCAGACGCAGCUCCCCGCGGGCGCCCGCAGGGAGUGUUCAAGCAGCCAGGCGGCAGGUACUGGCAUGCUAAUGACUGAAGUACGGAAAAAGCUGCAAGAAAUCAUCGGUGUGUCCGACUUGUGGAGUGACCAUGGCAAGGCGGCGAUGGAGCGCAAGGCCCAGAGCGAGCUGCUGCCCGCCAGCCAGGACGAGCUGGAGCCCCGCAGCAUGAAGGAUAGCUACCAGGAGGUGCUGCUGCCCCUGGGCAGCGAGAUGCGCCUCCGCGAGAAGUACCUCAACUUCCACAAGGGAGUCCGGUUUGGAAGGAUUCUUGAAGAUUUGGACACAUUUUCAGUGCUCAUCAGCUACACGCACAACAAGAACCCCAAGUCCAUUACGUCGCCUCUCUCCAUCGUCACUGCCAUGGUGGACAAGAUACACCUGAACCCGAUGACUCGAGUGAUCCGACCGGACAGCGACAUCAAGUUCUGUGGCCACGUGUCCUGGGCUGGCGCGUCUUCCAUGGAGGUCAAGAUGCAGAUGUUGCAGGUCCGCGACGAGGGUUGGAGUCCCAUCCUCGACGCUACGUUCGUAUUGGUCGCACGAAACCCUGCGACCAAAAAACGAGCGUUCGUGCACCCACUCAAGCCCGAGGGGCCCGAGGAGAUGGCGCAGUUCCAGCAGGGGGAAAUAAACAAGCUGCGCCGCGUGAACACCAGCAACGCGUCGCUGCUGAAAAUGGCGCCGACGACCGAGGAACGCGAGAUCAUCCAUAAGAUCUUCCUGGGCACGCUCGACACCCGUACGGUGAGCUUUCAAGGGCGCUGCCUGCCUGACAAUAGCAUGUGGAUGGAGAACGCCAAGCUCAAGGGAUUGCAGAUCUGUCAUCCACAGGAACGGAACAUCCACAACAAGAUCUUUGGCGGAUUCCUCAUGAGGAAGGCGUUCGAGUUGGCGUGGGCCAAUGCCUAUGUGUUCUGCGGAGAGCGUGUCUACGUGGUGGCCGUGGAUGACAUCCUCUUCCAGAAGCCCGUUGAGAUCGGUGCCCUACUCUAUCUCAACUCUCAGGUGUGCUACACAGAGGGCAACAGCAUCCAGGUGCGAGUGCAGAGUGAGGUGCACGUGCCGCAGCUCAAGGAGCACUACACCACCAACGUCUUCCACUUCACCUUCAUGGCCGACUCCGCCGUUCCGAAGGUGGCUCCCAAGUCGUACGGAGAAUCCAUGCUGUACCUGGAUGGCAAGCGGCACUUUCAGUCACCUGUGUGAUGGACUCACCGAUACCCCGCGACUCGAUGCUGAACUCUCACGGCAGAUGGCGCCAAUGGCAGUUUCGGAGUUCACGGAGAAGGCACCGUGCUUUCUCAGCAUAAAAAAAAAGCUAAUACAAAAUGCUAUUCAUUUCAUUUAUAUCACAAUGCAUUACAUUCUAGGGUUACAAACGUGUAUCCUGUACAUUUCCAAACUUUAUUUCAGCAAGAGUUGUGUUUGCUUUACGCAUCGAAGAGAAGCUUUUAUCCACAACGAAUGUCAGGCUCAGUCUGUUGUCAGGCAUGAAAAUCAAUUACUUAAUAAUAUGAAAUAUCUAAGUUGUAACGUGCAAACAUUUCCCUGUCCACUUCGGCCGCCUGCUCUACGAUUCCAGCCCAGUUCCACCGUGGUCCACAUCCCCAUCUUAACAAACGAGGCUCAGGGUUAUCGAUAAUCGCAUGGUGGGGGGAAGUUAAAACCCAAUAAAAAUAUCGGUUUACUAACCGGCGACAACCCACACUGACCAGCGUGGUGAGGUAUGGUCAAACAAGCCUCAUGACCAUCAGGGCGUGGGUGAGGCCUUCAUCCAGCAGUGGACUGACUUGCGGCUGUACGUUCUAUACGUUUAACUUUGUACGUAACGGGCGGUCGCGUGACCACACUGGAACGGGCCGUGCCGUUUGGACGGCCGCUCGCUCCAAUCACUGUGAUCCUCGUUGUCGUUGAACUGCGAUCUGAUCGUUGAUUCCACGACUCUCGAACCGAUUAUCAAUUCCGUAAUCAAUUGCUGAAAAAUUUGAUCAUCAAUUUAACAACCCGUAUUCCUAUGGUGGGCAGCUCCACGUUAUUAUAGCAUCAGUGGUUUUAUCUGUGGGGCAAUCACGGUUUACUUUCUGCAAGACGGUACUAAUGAAUUGACCUUAGAGUGAUCGAACUGCCAAGGUAACUCCCGACUUGGAUUUGUGAGACAUGCACUCACCUAUGACACACGAUAAUUACUAAAUGGCCAGUCUCACGCACACUGAGGGCUACUAUUAGAUUCUGAACAUUUGCACUUUACCCGGGUCAAUUAACUGGAUCUUGGGGAGAGGAAUAGAUGCUUCACAUUUACACAUUUCAACCCACGGUCUCAACACAUGGUGCUGAUUGCUUCUCUGCGUUUGCCUUUAUAAAGUCUGAAGCUAUGCAAUAUGGUCUGAUCGUCAACAUUUCGUGAGAGGAGAUGGCUUAGUGCCAUGAAAGCUCGCCAAUAAUAUUUGGCGGUGAUGCCGCUGGUGGAGGUGCUCAGUCGCAGACAACAACAACUCAACACGAUUGUCGCACUGUGAGUGGCCUUAAAAGGAAACCAUGUAUAAAUAUAAUCGGUGGCUUUUCGGGCAAAUGGGCCUUCAUCAUCAUACAUAAAUGUAAAUGUGUGCUUUGAAGAAGGACCAUUGUCUGAAACGUUGCCUGUUAUUUCUAGUUUUUUAAUGUUAAGGCCACGCUGUGUGACUGAUGGAAGCAUUGGGUUUUAAUGAAAGCUGAUCGGGUUGCUUUGUCCAAGCCUGUACAGCAGGUGUCGUGACAACGGAGAGUUAAGUAGUUGAACGUUAUUGUACACAAUGUUAUCGGUCUCAAUUAGGGCGUGGUAUUUUAGUUAUUUUCUAGAAAAUUUAAUGAAUGCAAAAUGCAAGCCGAGAAAAUGUUUAUUCACAUUACAGAUAUGGUGGCACGUGUGUUACUUUCCUCCUAUACGCAAUUGUUGAACAAAAGUAUUUAACGUAUAUUUUCAAACUUGCUUGACAUGUUUAUGAAAUAGCACUAUGCGAGUUUUACUGCUUGAGAACAAACUUGCUUGGGGGAUCUUGCAUCCACAUUUAUUCACGCGCUGCCUAUGACCAAAUACCCCCCCCCCCCCCCCCAUUGCGCGCUUCGUUCCCAUCGCUUGCUCCUCGGAAGCUAAGGGAUAAACAUGUUUUUAGCCUGGUGAAGCGCUUGGAUGGGCGACCACCACGUACACACUGACACAUCUAUAAAGCGCCAAUGCGGACACUCGGGGGCAGUGCAGUAGCCCACAUUCACCAACUCGCACUGACCAGCGUCGUUGUGAAGUUAAAUAUCAUUCACAGCUUGCACAUAUGUGGGGAGGCCCUCAUCCAGCAGUUGAUUAACAAAGGGGCCGUACAUGUGCAUGGUCGCCAUGCGUGCUCUGGCCGCCUCCAGUAUAUUAAGGUGUCUGUUGAAACGCGUCUCGUGUGCUGAAUGAUUUGUGCGCAGUCUCGUCAAACACUAAGACUAGGGCUCAGGUGGGUGUUCUCACUUUCAUGACGUGUGAGAACGAUUGAUUUAGGUUUCUGGGUGGCCUGGGUAUUGUUUUUGAGUUUAACGUUCCAUUAAACUUCACAAAAUGUU